AGCGUGGUUUUCCACGUGUCACAACAUCCAGAAUAUCCAGAUUUCUACCAAUGCGUCUCCUUCGGAUUUUUCCGGUCCCAGGUGGAGGAGACGGCCUACAACCUCUUCUGCGUGUUCGCCAUGUACUUCGUGCCAUUGUUCGUCAUCUGUUUUGCCUACUCAUGCAUACUGUUCGAAAUCACCAGCAAGUCAAGGGAGACCAAAGAAGGCCUGCGUAGACCGGGCUGGUGUUCCGGGGCAUCGGAUAUCGAGUUAGGCCCAGCCGAGCGCAGGCCAGCCGAGCGCAGGCCAGCCGACCGCAGCGUGUCUCGCACGCUUGCUCCGGAAGUUGGCUGCAGCGCCGCUCACUCGUCCGCCCAACUACCCUCGUCCGCCGACGAGCCCUGGCGGCGCGUUGCCAAGUCGGAAACGAGGUAG